AAGAAAAGUUUGUUUGGCUGCUUCAAAAGCAAAGCAAAGUCUGUGAAGUCAUAUAGCUCGACUCGAGGGAAGAUAAUGCGGAGAGAGACUAUGGUAGUGAAUACAAAGUAUUAACAUGAUAGACUAGUCGGCUCGUGUGCUUCCAAACACGUUGUUGCACGUUUAACCGUGAUAUCUAAAUCACACUGAACCAUGGCAGAUGGAAAUCGGACAGUCGUGUACUUCUCUGAGCAGGUGGUGGUGUUGUGUUCAUGCGCGCUGUCGUUCCUGGGCUCCUCGCUGAUCAUCCUCACCUACAUUAUUUGGGCAGAUUUGAGGACAACCCCGCGGAGGCUGCUGGUCUUCCUCUCGGUGUCUGACUGGCUGUCCGCCGUCUCCUACGCCUUCGGAGUCUGGACAGUUUUCCGCACCGACUCGCUGGACUGCAUCGCGCAGGGAGCCGUGUCCACGUUCGCCAACACGAGCUCCUUCUUCUGGACCGUGGCCAUCGCUGUUUACCUGUAUGUGUUCAUCGUGAGGUCAAGCCAAAGAGCCGCUGACAGCCUGGUGUUGUUUUUCCACUUCGUCAGCUGGGGUGUUCCUCUGGCCAUCACCGUUGCAGCUGUGUGCAUGAACAAGAUUGGCUACGAUGCGUCAGAGGUGUCGGUGGGCUGGUGCUGGGUCAGGAUCCACGCUCCUGACCGGGUCCUGUGGAUGCUGCUGACUGGAAAGAUCUGGGAGUUCUUGGCUUACCUCACCCUGCCUGUCCUGUACAUCCUGAUCAAGAGGCACAUCCACAUAGCGCAUACUGCCCUGUCCGAGUACCGUCCCAUCUUGGCCAACAGGCCUCCGUCACAGUCCUUCUCCUCCAUGGCGGACAUGAAGCUGACACUCAUUCCCAUCAUCUUCAUCGUCCUGCGCAUUUGGAGCACCGUGCGCUUCAUACUGCUGCUCGCCGGCUCCCCAGCCAGCCAGAACCCAGUGCUGGUCACACUACAUGGAAUUGGGAACACCUCGCAGGGAGCGGCCAACUGCAUCAUGUUUGUAUUGCUUACUCGGCCAAUCCGCACACGCCUCUGCGCCGCGCUCUUCUGCUGCUCCAAGUGUCGAGCAGACGUUCAGCACUCUCAUGACGGCCCGGACAGACUGCUGCCGGGACAAGACGCCUACACACAGAGAGAAGAAGACAGCACUAGUCGAUUGGGGACUGAUAGAUGAUACUCUGUGGAUGAGAAGACAAACAAAGGUUGACACAAAGGGCGCGGUGGAGCUCUCUGCCUCACGCUGAGCCUCAUUACAGCAAGUGCCUGCCGACAGGGUUGAAGAUUCUGCAGGUGCAUGCACAUUGGUGUCACAGGAAGUCACAUGUCUGCACUCUGGGGGAUGAGGAUGCUGCUGCCUGGUACACUUUGAUUGUUGCAUACUGAAUAUGUUGCACAUGAAUUUUGUAGUUUCAUACUGUACAUACGUCAAACUUUAAAGUGCCAUUUUACUUUAAGUUGUUUUCUGAUUGUGUUUUGAACAGCUGUACACUCCGUGAAAGACCGUUUAGCAGCUUUUCUUUUCUUUUUUUUAUCAAAUAAUGUGGAUUCAUUUACAUUCUGAGGUUAUUACUGUAAAAUGAAUAAAUUCUCAGUUUUUAACUUGUUCCACUGAGAAUUCAUGUAUUGUAAUUACGGGGGGGGGGGGGGGGGAGAAUGACCCAUAUUUUAGUGCCUGUACAGCAUUCUCACUUUAAGUGAUACACAUUUGUCACCGAUACUGAAGUUUCACAAAGAGCUUUAAGUCAGAACCCACUGAAAACCCUUCAUCACACACUGUUGGCUUGAAAGAUGUUUGUAAAAAGUUUGUGGUCAGUUUGAGUUCCUGUCAGUUAGACGCCUAAAUUCACUCAGUGCUGUGUUUCUCUGCUUCGUCAUUGUUCUGCUAAAAUAUGGCUAAAUACACGGCUUAUUACAGAGCUGCGGAGCUGCAAGAAAGGUGAUAGAACAGCAUGGACGCAGUGCAUUUAUUCGUAUUUUGGUGCAUCAAAUAGUUUGUUUUGACAUUAUUUUAGGUGAAAACCUGUCACUAUUACAAUCCUUUGUAACUGAACUCAGGCUGACCACAGCUGCUGUUCUGUUAGUCAGGAACCGUUUUACAGCCAUCUUUGAAGCGAGAUAUUUAAGAGUGUUUUGUUUUAAUUUUUGGGUAGAUUAUCCCAAUGUCCAAUAUAAGUGGGUGUGUUCAAAUUACUUUUGCUCAUCUCUCUAAAGAAAAGUAAAUGACAUGAUAUGG